UGAGGAUCUGCAGGCGCGCUCAGUUGUAUAGUGUGUCUAGAGAGUACAGAUAGAUCCACCUCAUUCAGAGUCUUCAUGGACAGGACGACUGGAACUGCAGCCAAGGACGUCUUUACCAUAACAACCUACUACACGAAAUCUUUCAUUAACAAGUAAUUUUUGACAAGUCAAGGAUCAGUUUAUUGAAAGAACCAAAACGUAAGAGCUUGGAUUCUAAAAUCGUUAGAAAAGAUCUAGAAGAGUUUGAGGAAUUAGGGAAACUGUGGGAUACCAACAGUGGUAAGCAUCAAAACCUGUAGAAGAACAAUUUCUUUUCUUGCAAACCAUUCUCCAAAUUCAUAUAUUUUCUGAUUAUUCUGGAGCUAUCUCGUGUGGCGAAGCAAGGAGAGCUGUGCUGAGUGGAUUAAGCGAGAUUAAAUAAGGAUGAGUGAGAGGCCUAGCGAGUGCAGUGGUGAGGUAUGAAGUGACAAACCAGCUGAGGAAACCAGAAACCUGCUGCUUUCAAUGUAAACACACAGCACCAUGCCAACCCUACUGCCAACUUGGCACAAGAGGACCUGGACCACAGCAGGACACACAUUCCUGCUUGCAUUCUUCUUUGUUAUCCUCAACCACAAGGCAAAAGGCUCAGUGCUUGAAGGUCUUAUAGCAAAACGGACCGAAUACUGGGAGAACUGCAACAGAACUCUGGCAACAGGCGCACUCUCAGAAACUGAAAUCUACUGUAAAGGAACGUUUGACAUGUUUGUGUGUUGGCCCCAUUCAUCUCCUGGGAAUGUGACGGUCCCCUGUCCUUCUUACUUACCAUGGAUCAGCAAGGACACCUCCAGGAGGGCACACCAAGAAUGCUUAGAAAAUGGGAGCUGGCGACAGAGGGAGAAUUCCUCUGAGCCCUGGAGGGAUGACUCAGAAUGUAAGGAGGACCAUUAUUUCAAAGACAAGGAGGAUGAAAUGCUUCGCCAGACAGCCCUCAGACUCAUCUCUGUCAUUGGCUAUUCCCUGUCCUUGUCAUCUCUCGCACUGGCUACUCUCCUGAUGGGCAUGUUGAGGAAGCUCCACUGUACCAGGAACUACAUUCACAUGAAUCUGUUUGUGUCAUUCAUCCUGAGAGCCAUGGCUAUCAUCGCUAAGGAAAUCAUAUUAUACAUCAUGUAUUCCAAACUACCUAAGGAUGACUCUGGAUGGAACUCCUACUCAAGCUCUGCGAUAGCGUUGAUGUGUAAAUUCUCCAAAGUGUGCAUGGAAUACUUUGUGGCCUGUAACUACUUCUGGCUCUUGGUGGAGGCCAUUUUCCUCCACACAUUGCUCUUCACAGCUGUGCUGACUAAGGGAUGUCUGCUGAAGAAAUACAUGCUGCUAGGAUGGGGAACACCUAUUUUGUUUGUAACACCAUGGACAGUGGUAAAGAUUUUAUAUGAAAACACAGAGUGCUGGUCAAUUGUAAACAAAUGGUUGUGGUGGAUAAUAAGGGGCCCGAUUACUUUAUCUGUGCUGAUCAUUUUCUUCAUAUUCAUCAAGAUUCUGAUGCUGCUGCUGUCCAAGCUGAAAGCAGAUCAGGUGAAAUUUACAGACUACAGAUACAGCUUGGCCAGAGCAACACUGGUACUCAUUCCUCUGCUGGGAAUCCAUGAAGUGGUCUUCACUGUGCUGAUAGAUGAAUGUGUGGAGGGCAACAGUCGCUACGCCAGGAACUUCAUUAACCUUACCCUCAGCUCAUUUCAGGGAUUCUUGGUUGCUGUGCUGUACUGUUUUGCUAAUGGAGAGGUUCAAGCUGAACUGAAGAAGCGCUGGCAGCUUUUCCUGUUCACCAACCACUUCCAGGUCAGGAGCUGUUUUCAGGGUGUGCCCCUGAAGCGCCUGUGGAAGUGCACUCGAGGACAGCGCCCACAGUGCUCUCCACAGAGUGACUCCUACAAUGAGGGUGGCACCUCCACAACACAUCCGCACUUGCUUCAGGUGGCUGUUCAUGGACAAAACGUGGGGCUUAGACUAGGAGAGGUUAAAGGUCAGGGGUUGAAGGGCUGUGACACAACAGGGCUUGACUUUCUCACCAGGAAGAGCCUGUCCAGUAGUGAUGGAGAUAUGACACUCGGGGAAACCAUGGAGGAGAUUCUGGAGGAAAGCGAGUUCUGAUCUCCUGUAGCUUGUUGGUACUUUUAUCAACUAACAUGGAAAGUGUUACUGACAAACAUUGGGGUAUACUUAAAUAGUAAGACAAAUAAAAUUCCAGAGAUGGAUUACCAACCGGGCAAAGGUGGCAACUGCCCCAAAAGCCCCAGGUUUGUGUUAGUUGGUUUGUGGAAAUGUUAUUAAAGCUAUAGUGCAUAGUUUCUGCUGCCCCCAUAAGGAAUUCUAAGUAAUGACAAAAACACUGUCGGAGCAUCCACAUGACGGAAGCCUUCGGUGAUCGCGUACCAACCGUCCUCCAUGCAGUUAUUGGUAGCGUUUAUCCCGUCAAAUCAAGGAGGACACAGAGGAUUAAAAAAACCAUGAUGAACUCUUUAGACAAUGUUAUUAUCUUGUAAUGUUGUGUCCUAUUUGUCUCCAAAGCUCAAAACUGCUGUUGUCCUUCCUCAUCGGUGACGUAAAACGCAUCACUCGAGCAUGCUGCAUUUUGUUAACAUAGCCACAAUUUUGUGGAGCUGAUAGGCUUAAUUAGCUUUGUAUCAACUUAUUUGGCAAUGGCUUGAAUGUAACGGACAUUCAUUAAUAUAGAAUAGUUGCUGCACUAAAGCUUUAAUAGCAAAUUUGUUAGGGAAUAUGAGUAUGCACUCAUAUUCCCUAACAAAUUAUUAGUUUAUAAGAGCAAAAUCAGCUAAAUUGGGUCUUGUGGCCCUGUCCUGUGGAGGGCCCUGUGUUAAAAUCUUGACCUUCAUUAUUGUUUACAUUACAUGCAAACUAAAGAGCUAGUUUUAGCAAGCUGUCUCACAAUACAGUAUGACAGGCAGGCUUUGUAAGGGCGAUAAUGGUGCAAGAACAGAUUGCUCAAUACAAUACCAGGGUGGGGCUCUCUCAGGAGGAAGUGACCAGUGGGCCAGAUGCCUUAAGUUAAAAGCAUAGUAGUAAUACAACAGCUUUGGUAAACCCAAACCUCUAUAAAUUGGUGUUUGUAAAUUAAUUUAUUAAAAUGUAGCCAGGUUUUUUUCCCAUAGAAAUGUCUUUGUUAUCCUGUCUAACCAUUUAAAAUAUGAUAGGGGAACCUCCAGAGGAGGGGAGUGGAUAAGGUAAUUCAGCUUGGGAACACAAACCAAUUCAAUAAUGGAUCCAAAUUAACCUUAACUAGGUCUUUAACUGGGGAGGCAAUAAGAUACCCAGAUAUACGAUACCAUGCUUGGGCCACUGAAAUGCACCUUCUUCCUUCUUCUUCCUUAAUCUCUACUCAGUCGAGAUCAAUAAAUGCUUGUGUAUAAGUCAUCAAAGUCUCCCGAACCUUAAUGUAUCCAGAAGUCAUUCGGCUCCUGAGUUUCUCUAUAACACUGGCCACUGGGUCACUUGAAUAAAACUAAAUUAAUUUAAUGUAUUUUACAACUUUUAGUGCAUGAAUUGCAUUUGAACAGAAACCAGACUGAUUAUUGAGACAAAGGAAGAAAUACAUUGUUACUGUAGCUUUAACAAAGAAUCUGACUUAAAAAUGAAAAAUUCAGGCAUUUUCCAGUAUAAUAAUUAUUUUUUGGCAUUUCUGCCUUUAUUAGAGAGGAAAGCUGAGAUAUGAAAGGUGAGAGAAAGGGGGGAAGUCAUGUAGGAAGGGAAACCGUCACAGGUCAGACUCAAACCCUGGACCUUCUGUGUCAAGGAAUAAACCUCUGCAUAUGUGCGCCCGCUCUACCAACUGAGAUAACCGGCCACCACUAUAAAUGUUUUAAUGUUUUUUUUUCUUCUUUUAAACGUCCAGGCCACUUAUCUGUAGCAGUUAUUUAUUAUGAGUGCUCUACAGUUACAGCAUGAACAUACAAUUAAUUACAUACAAUUGUAGGCAUGUUUUUAUUCAAACGCAUAGUACACCUUACAGUGACCCUCAUACAAAUGCAACAGCAGUGUAAAGCAUUUAUCACAUAUUUGUUUUAUUUAACAUGUACAAAGUUAUAAAUAUCCAUAUGGCACAACAUUUACAUUGAAAUGUGCAUUAAAUACAAUGUAUUUCUUGUCUGAAUGUAAAUAAUGCAGAGGCUCUAUGUGCAGAAAGUUUUACAGUUUUCUAUUCUUAUGAGGCUUAAAAUGGAUCAAUGGUAUUGUUGUCCAGGUAAAACCAUCAAACCAUUUAUACAUGUAGUCUCACAACAAUGUAUGUGCACAAAUUA